AUGUCAGACUUGGGUCCUCCAGAUCUUACCUCGCGCCUAGCCAAAUUGAAUCCAUUCCCAAAAUCAAGUCGCACAGGCGAUGACGAAGACAUAGGAGAAGAAAUCGACUCUACCACCGUCGCAGGAGGAGGUCGUGGCGGUCGCCAGUCUGAUAUCACCAAGAAUCAACUCAGAGUCAACCGGGCCCUCAGGUCGUUUCUAGUUCAAGAAAACGUCCUGUCCAAAGAAGAUGCUGGUUUGGAUCACCCAGGUCAACUGACUGACGCACUGCACCGUCUCCUCGACCAGCCACAUAUCAAGGUUCCCUCGUCCGUUACUGAUAGGUCGCAUCCCCUGCCGGAAUAUUUCAUCAGCUCUAGUCAUAAUACCUACUUGAUAGCACAUCAGCUCUAUGGCACUUCUUCCGCUAAAGCAUAUGAAACAGCACUCAAUACCGGAUCGCGCUGCGUUGAAAUCGAUGCCUGGGACGAUGAGGACAAUACGGACGAACCCAAGGUCACACAUGGAUACACUCUGGUCUCCCACAUCCCAUUCCGCCUGGUCUGUGAGACCAUUAGGGAUGUCGUUGAUAAAGAGGCAGCACAGUCUGGCAAUGAAUCGGGCUAUCGAGCAGCACCUAUUUUCUUAUCCCUCGAGAAUCAUUGUGAUGCCCACGGCCAACGGCGUCUCGCUGAAAUCAUGAAAGAGGUCUGGGGUGAUCGGCUUCUAAGUAGGGCUGUCAGAGAAAAAGGACACCAAGAGCAACAGGGAACAGGUGAGCAUGUGACUCUAGAUGAGCUCGGAUCCAGAAUUGUCGUUAUUGUCGAGUAUCACUUUCCCGACGAAGCCGGGGACAGCGACGAUGACACCAGCUCUGAGGAUGAAGAGGAAGACGAGGAGGAAAAGCAAGCUCGAAAAGCCUACAAAGAGAAAAAGAAAGCUACCCCUGCCACCACCAUCAUUCCCGAACUUGCGGAGCUCGGUGUCUACGCUCAAUCAAUCAAACCUCGAGACAAUUCAUGGUACAGUGAAACGGGACUCCAAGGCGGUCCCCAUCAUCACCUCAUCAACGUCUCAGAGACUGGAUUGAAAUCCCGUAUGCCUGCCGAGAGCGAGAAGAUUGCUCGCCAUAACGCUCAUCAUCUGAUGCGUGUGUAUCCAAAGGGCACUCGAAUUUCGUCCAGGAACCUCAAGCCGGUCAAUUUCUGGGGUGUCGGAGCCCAAGUUUGUGCCCUCAACUGGCAGACUUUCGGAGCUAGUAUGCAGCUGAACGAGGCACUGUUCAGUGGUACGGAUGGAUACGUUUUGAAACCUGCGGCCCUCCGUGCCGGAGGCCGGGGGAAGCUUAAUACUGGAAAGAGAAAGAAACUGCGUCUUCAUGUCGCGGGAGCGUCAGACGUACCUGUUCCGCGAGACCGUGAGGCAGACGAUAUCAAACCGUAUCUCACCUGCACGCUCUACCACCCGGACGAGCUGGAGGACGAUUCACCCAAGCGCAAGACGUCGCCUUACAAGCAUCACAAGCUCGGCUUCCUUCAUGGAGGCGACAAUCCUCCAGUCACCGACCCGAUCUGGAACGAGACACUGGAAUGGGAGUACGAGGACAAUGAACUGGUGUUCAUGCGUAUGCUCAUCAAGAGUGAUGAUGCCUUUUCGAGAAAUCCGAUUUUCGCCGUUGCCGCCGUGCGGAUAUUUUACGUGACGCCGGGGUGGAAUUUCAUCCGCAUGCUGGACUUAAAGGGGCACGAGACGAAAUGUGCUCUACUUGUGAGAUUUGAACAAGUGGAUGUGUGA